AGAUCUAUUUUCUCACCUAUAUAAUGUGACCUCUCAUCCUCCCUACAGCUCACACGAGAACUUACGAAUAGAAAGGAAAGAUUGAGAUUCGAGAGCGUUGCGAAUUUCUAGGGUUACGUCUUCUUCCGCAGCCGCAGCAAUAGUUUUCUGGUUGUAGAUCGUGAAUUGUGGUUUUUGGGGAAUUGGUUGUCCACAAAAUUAAAUCUUGUUGUUGAUUCAAGAGUUGAUGAUCUAAUGGAGACCAAAGGUGGGAAAAAGAAGUCUAGUAGUAGUAAAUCUUUAUUCUACGAAGCUCCCCUUGGAUACAGCAUUGAAGACAUUCGACCAAACGGAGGCAUCAAGAAGUUUAGAUCUGCUGCAUACUCCAACUGUGCUCGCAAACCAUCCUGAUAUUCUUUCACUGGUCUCCUGAUCACGUCAUUGGACGUGGUGCAAGCUACUGUUUUGAUAAUAUUUUAAUUUUCCGUUCUUUAGCUACACUCCUUUUCUUUGUUCUCCAACUACCUUCUUGUCUUUUUGAUUUCCUGUUGUGAGGAUUCUUGUCUUGAAAUGGCCCUACCCGUUUCUGCAAUUGGGUUUGAGGGUUUUGAAAAAAGGCUUGAAAUCUCUUUUUUCGAGCCAAGCAUCUUUGCUGAUCCCGAAGGAAAGGGGCUCCGCUCUCUUUCCAAAGCGCAGCUCGACGAAAUUUUAGGACCUGCUGAAUGCACCAUAGUUGCUUCAUUGUCUAAUGAACAUGUUGACUCCUAUGUCCUCUCUGAGUCGAGCCUCUUUGUUUAUGCUUACAAGAUUAUCAUCAAAACUUGUGGGACAACAAAAUUGCUUCUGUCAAUCCCGCCUAUCCUGAAGUUGGCCCAGUGCCUUUCUCUUUCAGUUCAGUCUGUGAGAUAUACCCGUGGAAGCUUCAUUUUUCCAGGAGCACAAUCAUACCCUCACCGUAGCUUCUCCGAUGAAGUUGCUGUCCUUGAUAGCCAUUUUGCGAAGCUUGGUUCAGGCAGAAAGGCUUAUGUUAUGGGCAGUCCUGAUAAGCAGCAGAAAUGGCAUGUUUAUUCUGCAUGUGCCGGAACAGUUGAAGCUACCAGUCCUGUUUACACUUUAGAGAUGUGUAUGACUGGGUUGGACAGGAAGAAGGCUUCUGUAUUUUACAAGAAUGAAUCAAGCUCUGCAACUCUGAUGACCAAGAGCUCUGGUAUAAGAAACAUUCUCCCGGAAUCAGAUAUAUGUGACUUUGAAUUUGAGCCGUGCGGGUAUUCCAUGAAUUCCAUUGAAGGAGAUGCGGUAUCUACUAUUCAUAUUACACCAGAGGAUGGUUUUAGUUAUGCAAGUUUUGAAGCAGCUGGGUAUGAUCUGAAACAAGUGAACAUGGGCCAAUUGAUUGAGAGGGUUCUGGCAUGUUUUGAGCCAAAGGAGUUUUCUGUAUCUGUGCAUGCUCAAUUUGGUGCCCACUUAUGUGAUGAUAUUCAUGUCCUGGGUAUGAAAGGUUAUACUCCUGAAGAGAGAUGCUUUGAGGAGCUGGGAAUGGGUGGAUCAAUCAUCUACCAGAAGUUUGUAAGGACUGCAUCCUGUGGAUCUCCUAGGUCUAUUCUGAAAUGUUUCAUGUGAAAAUGUGGCUGAGAAGAGGAGGUUGAAGAAGAAAAGGAGUAGUAUUUUACAGUUUGUUUUGAGUGCUUUAAAUAAAAUGGUGGCCUUGCCACCAGUUGUUAUAUUUGAGUGUCUUGUGUUGUCAUUUUUAAGAAUGUUUUAUGUUGGUAUUUCGGACUAGACUUGUUAGUUCAACUCCCAGAUCGAUAGUUCUCUGGAGGUACUAUUAUGUUGGAGUGCUGAAUAAAAGUUUUGAGCUGUUUUGCUCUGUUAUUAAUC